AUGACCACCAUAAGAAGUUUGAUUGCUAUUGCCACAAAAAUGAAAUGGCCUAUGUUUCAACUCGACGUAAACAAUACAUUUUUGCACGGUGAUUUGGAUGAAGAGAUUUAUAUGUCACCACCACCUGGUAUGGAACUCCCAUCAAAUCAAGUUUUGCAACUUAAAAAAUCGUUAUACGGGCUGAAGCAGGCUUCUCGACAAUGGCAUGGCAAGUUGUCAUCGGUUCUAAAAACUAAAGGUUAUGUUCGUUCUCAGAAUGACUACUCGUUAUUUUCUAAAUCUAUGGGUUCUUCUACAGUUCAUAUAGCAAUAUAUGUUGAUGAUAUCUUAGUAACCGGCGAUAAUAUUUAUGAGAUUGACAGUCUUAAAGCAUUUUUGCAUACUACUUUUCAGAUUAAGGACCUUGGUUUCCUUAAUUAUUUUCUUGGAAUUGAGGUUUUACAUCACUCUCAUGGCACAAUUAUGACACAGAGAAAGUAUGCUUCUGACUUGCUGAAAGAUUUUCUUGUUGAAGAUCUUAUUUCAACUAAUUGUCCUCUUCCUCCUCAUUUACAACUCAAAGUAAAUGAUGGUGUUCUUCUUCGGGAUCCUUUAUUAUAUCGACAAUUAGUUGGGAAACUGAAUUACCUCACUCAUACUCGUCCUGACUUGGCUUUUGCCGUGCAAUUUUUAAGUCAGUUUAUGCAGACUCCUCGUAUUCCUCAUUGGCAAGCCGCUUUACAUACUCUUGCAUAUGUUAAAGGCACUAUUUCUCAAGGACUUUUCUUCAAUAAUUCUUCGGUUUUUUAUUUACAAGCCUAUUAUGAUUCGGAUUGGGCUUCUUGUCCGAACACACGAAGAUCAGUCAGUGGUUAUUUUGUAUCCCUUGGUGGUAGUCCAAUCUCUUGGAAGUCUAAGAAACAGCCUACUGUGGCCUUGAGUUCUGCAGAGGCAGAAUAUCGCUCCAUGUGUAGAGUAACUGCUGAGCUCGCCUGGUUGACACAAUUAUUAGCUGAGUUCCAUGUUUCAAAUUUUACACCAGUUCCUCUUAAAUGUGAUAGUCAAUCUGCUAUUCACAUAGCUAAAAAUCCUAUUUUUCACGAACGCACGAAACAUAUAGAAUUGGAUUGUCACUUCGUUCGUGAAAAACUUCAAGAAGGGUUAAUAUCUCUAUCGCAUACACGCACUGCGAAUCAAUUGGCUGAUAUUUUUACAAAGAGCUUUGCUUUUCCACAACAUAAAGAGUUAUUACGCAAGUUGGGGAUUAGUGAUCAUCCAACUUGA